AUGUCUGUGGUAGGGCUGAGCGAGUGUCCCGGGAAGGCCGGCCAGUACCGGGUGGAUCACCUCCUCAGCGCCGUGCAGAGCGAGCUGAAGGCCGGCAGCGAGAAGGGCGACCCCACGGAGAGAGAAUUAAAACUCUCUUUGGACGAGAGCGAGCUUUGGAGCAAAUUUAAGGAUCUAACGAACGAGAUGAUUGUUACUAAAAACGGCAGGCGCAUGUUCCCCGUGUUGAAAGUCAACGUGUCCGGAUUGGAUCCGAACGCCAUGUAUUCUUUUUUGCUGGACUUGGCAUCCGCAGACAAGCACAGGUGGAAGUACGUGAGUGGGGAGUGGGUCCCAGGAGGGAAGCCCGAACCUCAAAGCCCAAGCUGUGUGUACAUCCACCCGGACUCUCCAAACUUCGGCGCACACUGGAUGAAAGCUCCUGUCUCUUUUAGUAAAGUCAAACUCACCAAUAAAUUUAACGGAGGAGGACAGAUCAUGUUAAACUCCUUACACAAGUACGAGCCACGCAUCCAUAUAGUGCGUGUUGGAGGCCCACGGAGGAUGGUCACCAGCCAUUCUUUCCCGGAGACACAGUUCAUUGCAGUGACAGCUUACCAAAAUGAAGAGAUAACUGCUUUGAAAAUAAAGUAUAACCCUUUUGCCAAGGCCUUCCUGGAUGCAAAGGAAAGAUGUGAUGACAAAGAUAUCAAAAAUGAAACAGAUGACAACCAGCAGUCACCCUACUCACCAUUAAGCGGCUGGUUUUUACCUGGAUCAGGCUCCCUUUGUCCUGCUGCUGCUGCAGCUUCAAGUCCUCACAGCCAGUUUGGAAGCCCCGUCUCCCUGUCGCCCUCCCACGGAUGUGAGCGCUACUCCACGUUGAGGACACACCGCUCUGCACCUUACAGCACCUCUUCUUACAGCCAUCAGACUAGCCCCCCCACAGGUUACACCGACCACCCCUCAGCAUCUGUGCCAAUGCUUUCAAGCCAAGACAACUGGUGUAGUCUGCAGAUGCCAACACACUCCAGCAUGAUGUCCAUGACGCACAACCCUACCUCCUCUGCCAACUCCAGUCAGUACACCAGCCUGUGGUCUAUGAGCAAUGCAUCCCUGGCCCCAGUGACCACAGUGUCCCACCAUUCUGCGGGAAUAAACAACAACCUGAGCUCCCACUUCCUGCGAGGCUCCAGCAGUCCGUAUUCCAGCCUGUCUUACACGGUCACAGCGUCCUCUUCUGGCUCACCCAUGUAUGACAGCAGCAGUACGGAGGGGCUCGAUACAGCUCAGUAUGACGCCUCUCUACAGCGACCUUCUCCAAACUGGACUCCUGUCACCCUCCCUUCUUUGUGAAGAAACAAAAUUCUUAACUGAGGAAAAAAAUCACUCAUGAGCAAUGACAUUUCACAAGCAGUUGGCUCAAUUUU